CCUAUCUUGACCUUGAAUUGGAAUUUAAAGGUACACAAAAUAGACUAAAUGCUACAAUUUAUUUCCCUUCAUGCUCUUUGUUUAACAGCAGGCCUAUAUAUGAGUCAAAGUCUUAAUUUUAUGUUAUCUUGAAAUGGGUCUAAGAACGUUAUUUAGACAGUCUUGAAACCAAUUUCAAGUCCUUGUUCUAGGUGUCGCUGUUGACCACAUCUGAAACUUCAAAUCAUGUGUCAAUGCGCCCACGUGACGGGGAAGAGCCUGCGUCUCAAGGCCAUUUUCAAAUUUCAUUGGUGAGAGUGUCAUGUGGUUGCAGAGAGACUCGCUGGGUUAUACAGGGAUUGUUUUGCUAGAUAUGUCAGCUUACAGAGGACACUUCUCUGCUUCUUAAAAAAAAAAAAACAAAAAAAAAACAAAACAAACAAACAACAACUCUAAAAAAAAUGUCCUUUCCUAACAGCUCUCCAACUGCAAACACGUUUUUGGUAGAUUCCUUGAUUGGGGCGUGCAGAACAGAUUUUUAUUCCAGCAGUAACAUGUACAUGCCAGCCACUGCAGAAAUGGGAACCUAUGGAAUGCAAACCUGUGGACUCCUGCCGUCUCUUGGCAAACGGGGGGAAGUAAACCACCAAAACAUGGGCAUGAACGUCCACUCGUACAUACCUCAAACUGAUAACUGGGCAGAUCCAAGCAGGUCCUGCCGAUUAGAGCAACCGCUCAACCAGAUGUCCACCUGCACAUUUUCACACAGCAUAAAAGAAGAGACUAACUGUUGUAUGUACUCCGACAAGAGAGCAAAGGUCAGUUCGUCUGAGAUACCCGCGUACUCCAACCUGAUCCCCGAAUCAUGUUCCGUUGAUAGUCCCGAGAUUCCGGUCCCUGGAUAUUUUAGACUAAGUCAAACUUAUGCGACGGCGAAAAACCCGGACUAUGACAACGAGACGAUGAGCCCAAACACCACGUUAAUGCAGCUGAACAGGGUGACUCCAAAGGCGCAGUCAACGCCCUUUGUCGAGGUGGAAAAGAAGCUUCCGCUCGAUCGGGACACAAGGAGCUCUUCCCCGGCGCAGAGUCCAGAGCCCAAAGUCAGCACGCUGGAGGAGAAGAAUUGCUCAACUGAGGCGUCUGUCUCCAGCCCUGAAUUGCCACACAGAGAAGGCAAAGAAUCCAAAAACGACACACCGACGAGCAACUGGUUGACCGCGAAGAGUGGAAGGAAAAAAAGAUGUCCAUACACAAAACACCAGACCUUGGAAUUAGAAAAAGAAUUUUUAUUCAACAUGUACCUGACUCGGGAGCGCCGUCUAGAGAUAAGCAAAAGCGUCAACCUCACUGACAGACAAGUGAAAAUCUGGUUCCAAAACCGCAGGAUGAAACUUAAGAAGAUGAGCAGAGAAAAUCGUAUCCGUGAACUUACGUCCAAUCUCACUUUUUCGUGAGCAUGCAAACAAGAGCAGAUCAAAGACUUACCCCCUCAUUUCGGUCAGUCUGUGUUCUCCUGUAUAAUGAUGACAUGAGGGCAGUGUGCAUUGUUUUGGCUACUUUCACGUUCCAAUGUUGUGAUCGUUGCUAAAUCCUUGUCAUUUGUUGCUACAUCUUUGAUCGCAUUUGAAAUGUGAAGCCUUGUGUAAUUUCAUAUGUUUCACAGGGUAUAAAAGUGGUGCAAGGUCUUAAUUUAUAAAAGAAGAUGAUAGAAACAGGCUGUACCAAGCGGUUUCAUUUUAGCGGGAACAGAGCAAAAAACAGUGGCGCCAAAAAUUAUGACUUUGGACAUGAAAGCACAUUCGAAAGUGAAGAUUUCCCAUUCUUUCUCCAAUGGAAACUUACAUUUAUCUGGAAUAAUUACGUAUAAAGGUUUCUGUAUAAUAGAUGUUUAAAUAUGUCUGUAUCAGUGCAUGUUUGUGGCAUGUGGUCAGUGGACUAUAAUAAAUUGAUAAUGUCAUAAAAGUGUUUGGUGUCAUAUUUGGUACAGCGUUUCUAAACCACAGUUUAAUCAAGACCAUAACUCCCCCUCCCCCUCACAAACACACACAC